GCAGUGCUCUCGCUUCCACAGUAUGGCCGGCGACAUUAGCUAGCGCUCGCUCUGCUCUCUUUAACGGGGAAACAGCGGACUACAAGAGACUGAACUCUAAUCUGCCUCUUUUCCAACAGACUCGUUCAACUUUCGCUCACAAACACACUCACGAAAAAAGCCGGGGAAAUUUUAUUAGUCCUUUUUUUCUAAAAAAAAAAAGUUAAUAUAAAAUUAUAGCAAAAAGAAAAAGAAAAAAAAAAAGGAACCUGAACUUUUAAGUAACACAGCUGGAACAAUCCGCAGCGGCGGCGGCGGCAGCAGCGGCGGGAGAGAAAAAAAAAAUUUUUAAUUUAGUUGAUUUUCUGUGGUUGUUGGUUUGUUCGCUCGUCUCACGGUGAUGGAAGCUGCACAUUUUUUCGAAGGAACCGAGAAGCUGCUGGAGGUUUGGUUCUCCCGGCAGCAAGCCGACGCAAACCAAGGAUCUGGGGAUCUUCGCACCAUUCCAAGAUCCGAAUGGGACAUACUUUUGAAGGAUGUGCAAUGUUCAAUCAUAAGUGUGACAAAAACUGACAAGCAGGAAGCUUAUGUACUCAGUGAGAGUAGCAUGUUUGUCUCCAAGAGACGUUUCAUUUUGAAGACAUGUGGUACCACCCUCUUGCUGAAAGCACUGGUUCCCCUGUUGAAACUUGCUAGGGACUACAGUGGGUUUGACUCAAUUCAAAGCUUCUUUUAUUCUCGUAAGAAUUUCAUGAAGCCUUCUCACCAAGGGUACCCACACCGGAAUUUCCAGGAAGAAAUAGAGUUUCUGAAUGCAAUUUUCCCAAAUGGAGCAGCAUAUUGUAUGGGACGCAUGAAUUCUGACUGUUGGUACUUAUAUACUUUGGAUUUCCCAGAGAGUCGGGUAAUCAGUCAGCCAGAUCAAACCCUGGAAAUUCUGAUGAGUGAGCUUGACCCAGCAGUUAUGGACCAGUUCUACAUGAAAGAUGGUGUUACUGCAAAGGAUGUCACUCGUGAGAGUGGAAUUUGUGACCUGAUACCAGGUUCUGUCAUUGAUGCCACACUGUUCAAUCCUUGUGGGUAUUCAAUGAAUGGAAUGAAAUCAGAUGGAACUUAUUGGACUAUUCACAUCACUCCAGAACCAGAAUUUUCUUAUGUUAGCUUUGAAACAAACUUAAGUCAGACCUCCUAUGAUGACCUGAUUAGGAAAGUGGUGGAAGUCUUCAAGCCAGGAAAAUUUGUGACCACCCUGUUUGUAAAUCAGAGUUCUAAAUGUCGUGCAGUGCUUUCUUCGCCCCAGAAGAUUGAAGGUUUUAAACGUCUUGAUUGCCAGAGUGCUAUGUUUAAUGAUUACAAUUUUGUUUUUACCAGUUUCGCUAAAAAGCAGCAACAACAGCAGAGUUGAUUAAGAAAAAUGAAGAAAAAACGCAAAAAGAGAACACACAUUGAAGGUGGUAGCUGCUUUUUAGAUGUUGAUACCGGGGGCCAUGCUUUCCAUAAUCACCACCUCAUAGUUGCAGAAAGCCCUAGAUGUAAAGAUAGUGUAAUCAUUUUGAAUUGUAUGCAUUAUUAUAUCAAGGAGUUAGGUAUCUUGCAUGAAUGCUCUCUUCUGUGUUUAGGUAUCCUAUGCCACUCUUGCUGUGAAAUUGAAGUGCAUGUAGAAAAAAACUUUUACUAUAUAAAACAUUACAACACUUGUGAAAACAAUUCAAUUUGGUUUACGCACAGCGUAAUAUUUCUCCAGGUAUCACCCAAAAUCCCCCACAGACAAGGCUUUCGUCCUCAUUAGGUGUUGGCCUCAGCCUAACUGUCUGGGACUGUUCUAUUAAAUUGCUGCCAGGAUUUUUACAUCCCGUUACCUCCACUUUCUAAAACAUAUUCUCUACUAAUAUUAUUGAAAUCAAUUUCUACUUCAUACAGAUGUUUUUGCAACAGCAAUUAAAAGUUUUCUUCCAUGAGUCGAGUCCUCUUAAGAAAAUUGAUUGCCGUCUGUUGUGUAUUACUAUUUUAACAUUGCUUCCUACAUUUGUAUUCCCUUAAUUGACUGUUCUCCCAACCACCUUGUCUCCUACCCUCCUCCCACCCCAUCCACCCCAAUAAAGCAAUACACUAUUACACUGUGGGUUUAUACUAAUCUUACACCCCAGGAUGGGGAAGGGUCAGACCCUAGACUUCAUUUUCAUGGUCGAGAGAUUUUGACCUUAUUAAUCAGCACGAGCUCUUACAGGGGCUGGAGUGAUAGUACAGUGGGUAGGGUGCUUGAUUUUCAUUUAUACUGGGAGAGCUGUGUGGAAACAUGCCAUUCUUUGCUCACCAGUAAAUGAAACUAGCUUUCAUGGAUACCAUUCCCUUUCUGACUUCCUAAGUCGUAAUAAAUUUUUUUUGUCAUUAAGCAGGGAGAUUAAGAGAGGUUAUACCUGGAUUUAAUAAUUCAACUCAGAUCAUUAUCCAUAUUACUUAGCAGACAUUUCCACAAAUUUCUAUUAGUAACAUAGUGUAAGCUUGGAUUAAAGCAGAAUCAUUGUCUUUGUCAUCUUGUGACUGUUCUGACUUUAUGAUUCAUGUGAUAGUGUUCUGACUUUCUGUUCCUAUCUUCACCAUGUCGUCAUAGGAUUAAGUGAAUGAGAAUUGUUGAGGUUAUUCAUACAUACACAGUGAACCCAAAUGCUAUUCAUAAACCAAAACAAAAAAUUCCAAGUGUUCAAUGGGAAAUAACUAGAAAUGCAGAGUUUCAAGAGCUGGAUCUUAAUAUGCAUUUAACUAUUUUUGCAAAUAAUAAGAUAAAAACAGUUGAGAAAAUAGCAAGGUUGACUGAAGUUUGUAUAUCUUGUCCUCAAAAAAAUUUUUGUUUCUGGAUUUGAUGUAAUGGUAUUUUGGUUCCUUCCGUAUUUUUUAAUGAAACACUUUUUUGAGUGUUUCUAAGCAUGAAAUCUACUUGGUUUGAAAUCAAGUGGUGGGAACACUUUGGACAUUUUUUUUAAAGUUGUUGAUGGAAAGUUUCAUUGAAGAAGCUUUUGAUCAAUAAGGGAGAUUGAUUUGUACAAGUUCACGGUACCUAGGGUUUUGGUACUGUUCUGAGGACCAAUGUUGAAAGUGGAUUUUUGUUCUUGAACAGUAUCCCAGCUGAAUUGAUGACAUUUGUGGGCUUUGAGGUCUGAUCUUUUUUUUCUCUAAUAGAGUUAAGAUUUAUAUCUAAUACUAAGAUUACACAAAUUUUUAUGGAACAAAGCUUAGAAGAAUGAAAACUAUAGAUUGAAUAGUAAUCUAAAUCCUAGUAUGGUUAUGUACAUAGAGGAGGGAAAUUUUUGGUGCCAUAAAUUCUCUCUUCGUGGUGUUGGACUUAAAUCAGUUGAAAUGUAUUUCUGUACCACAAUUUAAGCUUCAAUAAAAGUUUGCAUACUUAA